CCAUUUUUCAGGCUCCCGUGGUUUCGCAGACUCCCAAGCUUCCCCGCUCUGGUGGAGCGGAGUGGGAGGUGGUGGAGGCAGCAUCCCUGCCUUUAAAGGCGGUCAGAGGCUUGUUGAGCCCCGUGGUGUUGGGGCGUCCGAGGCUCCCCGACCCUCUCCGCCGACAGAGUCCCCUCGGCCUCACCCCAUCGGACCCUCCAGCCUCGGGGCCGGCGCCGCUCGGGUCCCGCCGCCAGGGCGCAGCGUCCAGCGCACCUGAUGCACAGGAUGGGUGUGAGGACGGUGGUAGGAGGCCCAGGACGGAAGCUGCUGUGAUAGUGCUGGAUAUGGACUUCGAGGACGUGGCCAUUGCCUUCUCUGAGGAGGAGUGGAGGCUCCUGGAUGAGGCUCAGAGACUUCUGUACUGCAAUGUGAUGCUGGCAGUGUUUGCGCUUGUCUCAUCUGCUGGUUGUUGGCAUAAAAAGGAUGAUGUGGAGGCCCGUUCUGAGCAGAGUGUAUCUGUAAAAGUGGAGUCACAUGUUAGUGCUUUUAAGUCAGCUCCAGCAACCCAGAAGAGCCAUCGGUGUGGAAGGUGUUUCUCUCUGUUAAAAGACAUUCUGCACCUGACUGAGUCACAAGCAGCAGACUUUGAGCAGAAAGCCUUCCUCGGUGACGCAUGUGUGAGAGACUUCUGUUUCAGUGCAAACCCUCACCGACCACAGAGGGAAGCAGGUGGAGAGAAGCCCUGGAAAGAAGCUGUGGGCGGGGCCUCGUCUGUGGCCAGGUGCAGCUUCUCCUUAUCAGGGCUGCCUUCAUCCAAUAGGGAGGGUGGGGAAGACUUCCCAGCCAUCUCAGAGCUUCUCCUGCACCAGACCCCUCUCAACACUGAGGAGCCACACAGUCGUAGUGAGACUUCAGAAGAAUUUCUCAAAAGAAAAAGGAAUCACCAAUGGGAUGAUUGUAAAAAAGCAGCCAGCCACAACCAGAACCUUGUUCAACAUCAGGGCGUCUGCUCUGGGGAAGAGAAAUAUGAGUGUAAUACAUGUGGGAAACUUUUUACAUGUAUCUUUAACCUCAAUAAGCAUAGGCGAAUUCAUGCUGGAGAAAAGUCCUAUGAGUGCACUGACUGUGGGAAGCUGUUCAAUCACAGCUCUUCCCUCACAAGACACCACAGAGUUCACACUGGAGAAAAACCAUAUGAGUGCAGUGACUGUGGCAAGCUUUUCAAUGACAGGUCAUCCAUCAAAAAACACCAGAGAGUUCACACUGGAGAAAAACCACAUGAGUGCAGUGAAUGUGGGAAGUCCUUUAGUCAAAGGUUUCACCUCACUAAACACCACAGAGUUCACACUGAAGAAAAACCUUACAAAUGUAGUGAAUGUGGGAAAUCAUUUAGGUGCAGUUAUGACCUCUCUGUCCACAAGAGAGUUCACACUGGAGAAAAGCCUUACAAAUGUAAUGAAUGUGGAAAAUCAUUUAGCCGCAGCUAUGUCCUAUUUGCCCACCAGAGAGUUCACACUGGAGAAAAGCCAUUUCAAUGUAGUGAUUGUGGGAUGUCCUUCAGUCACUACUCUAACCUCUUUAAACACAACAGAAUUCACACUGGAGAAAAACCUUAUGAGUGCAGUGAAUGUGGGAAGUCCUUCCAUCACGGGUAUUCACUCACUAAACACAACAAAGUUCACACUGGACAAAAACCAUAUAAGUGCAAUGAAUGUGGUAAGUCUUUUAAGGAAAAUUCCUCCCUCCUUAUCCACAAGAGAGUUCACACCGGAGAAAAGCCGCAUGAAUGUAGUGUUUGUGGGAAGUGCUUCCUGCGAAGAUCUAACCUCAUUCAACACCUCAGAGUUCACACUGCUGAAAAACCUCAUGAGUGCAGUGAAUGUGGGGAAUCUUUUCGCUUCAAAUAUGUCCUUGCUCAACACUUGAAAGUACACGCUGGAGAAAAGCUUUAAAUGUGCAGGGAAUGUUUUACUUUUCUCAGAAUAACACCAAAGGAGAAGCUUUCACCCCCAUUUAUCUGAAUGCAAACUCCUUUAUCCGAACAUACUCUCUGCUAGAUGCCUCCUAAAUUUCAGGUAUAAGUGACGCUUUCAGAAGCCACAUCCGACUUGCUAACCUACUCAGGCCUACAACCUGGUUGAUGUCACUGCAAGUGUUUGUGUGGAAGCUAUUUCACCCUAACACUUGGCUCACCUGAAGCGUGUGCAUCCGUCACAACCCCUGCAUACUCUGGGGCUGUGCUUGAGAAAAUUAUGAAUAUUCUGAGCUCCUGUGUGAACCUUCCUUCCUUUAUUUCUGACCAGAGAAUUGACCUGACCCAGGUUUUGUCCAGAGGACCCUCCUCAGCUAAGUGCUACCUCUUUCAGGGCAUUGUGAUUCUCACUGUGCUGUGAUGAAGUGUUUCAGGUUCCAAUGCAUCAACCUGCAAACCUCUUGCUGUCCUCUGCUCUGGUUUAUGAUCUUAAUGUAAAGCUGUUUUUCCUUUAAUUUUGUUGGUUCUAGUCUCUCCCUAGGAUGAUUGAAAGGAAAGAUGUGAUGUGUCCACAUGGACAGGUGAACAGAUAUGGUGGGUCGCAAACUGUGUGUGCGUUGGAAGGCACAGUUUGAUGGCAGAAAGUCAUUCUUUGUCUAAUAUUGGCUGAUUUUGUAUUGACGACCAAGGCCUUGGGAGAGAGUGUACAUGACUUUGUGGUUAUAAUUUGCUCUCUGGUGCCUCUUGUAUUGUAGAGCCAAUGGUCGCCCUGAACAAGCAGCCUUUAUUGUGCUCCUGUGAACAAUAUGAAGUAUAUUCUCUGUUCACAGUGUGUAUUACACAAGUGUCAGCAAUGUUUAGGGGGACUCCUCUCCACAUGCUCCAAAGAGGCCAUGUGUCACAGUGUAUGGGAUUUCAUAGGCUGGUGUCAUUUGUUGUAAGACUCUGAGAUGGAAUUAGUUUGGGAGAUAAACACUGUUUUGAUAUUCAUGGCAGACACUGCAGUUAAACUGGAUAAAAGUGCCUCUUUUGAACAUAAAUGCAAGUUAUUUCAUGUCCUGUUUCUUAUAUGAUCUUUGAGACCAUUCUGAGGACCCCCAUCACUGUUUGCUCUGGCAGGAGUCACUUGCACAGAAAAGAAUGUCAUCAUUGUGUGGAUUCCCCUGCCCCCUAGGGUAUUCACAUCAAGGUUGUUGCUCAACUGGCAGGACCUCACAGCUAGAGGAAGGAUAAUGCUGUAGUGAGUCCCAGGAUGUGUCUUUUGUAACCAGUCAGCUUUCCUGUUGAUUCCAAUGGCCAUAGUCUUCCCUACUUGACAACAUUUGCCGCCACUGAGGCCAGGCUCGUCCUCCCAGGAAAUGAGAACUGACAUGCAACAAAGUGCCCCUUUCUCACCUGUGCUCUUUGGUGAGCCCUGACCUAGAGAUAAAGCUGUGAAACUGUCACAUGUGACAUAAACCCACCUGUAACUCCUACACAGGGUAGGGCAACAAUAGGCUCAUAGUUGUAUGUUUGGAAAAACAGAGAUUAUUCUUUUAAAAUUUAGAAAAUAACUUAUUCUUUUUUGGGGGGGAGAGAGAGUAAGAGACUGAAGAGAAAGGUAAACACUGAUCUGCUGCCUCCUACAUGGCCCCUACUGGGGAUCCAUUUGGGAAUGUAAACUGAUCUGGAGUCAAACCAGAGUGCUCUCAGUGAAUGGGGUCACACCCAAUCAACUGAGGACACUGGCCGGGGCAGAGUUUAUUCAUGUAUUAUUAUUUUUAUUAUUAAUUCAUAUUAUUUUCCAUACCAGCAAUUCUAAACCUACUUUUUGCCACAUCAUAUAUUUCCCUAAUACCCUGUUAUUAUCUCUCUCUCUGCCUUUCUCGGUCCUCCAUACAGUCAUGGAUUUUCUUUUCUUUACAAUAGAAUAGUUCACAUUGUUCUUAGUUUUAUAGGCACUACUUGUUGUUUACUCUGUACCAAAUACUUGUUUCCUCCCUGUACAUAGUAAUUUUGUGAUUCAACACAAAUGCUUAUGUGAAAAGAUAAUUUACUCAUUUAUGAGUAGUAUUGUGUUCGGUGAAUAAUCAUUAUAUCGAUCUGUAUUGUGUUUUGUUAUUAUCAGGUUUGGGGUAAUAUAAAUAAAUCUUCUGAAAAUAUUUGCA